AUGCCGGUUCGCAAGCCCUCGCGCUAUGGCUCAAAUGUGAAAUUCAAUAAGAAUACCUUGCGGAAACGAACGAAAACGGUCGAUGCUUCCUCGCUGCGCGCUACUGAAGGAACGUCUCAAGAUGAGAAGAUCGAGGCAAUUCGGCAUGCCAACAGCAUCGAUGAGGCCAUGGGCUUCCCCCGGUACGACUCCGGAAAGAAAAGAGUUGGCUGGCUUUAUAACAUGCACAGCACCUCUAUCGAGGACUCGAAAACACCCGGAGGCCGCGCAGGUGUCGAUUUCUACUUCAUCGGCGACGAUGGGGAGAACUUCAAAGCGGCUGUCGAGUACGAUCCAUAUUUCUUGCUGGCUGUCAAGCGCGGGAGAGAAGCCGAAGUGGAAGAAUGGUGUAAGAGAAUGUUCGAGGGGCUUGUCAAGGCUGUCAAUCGGGUCACAAAGGAAGACUUGCAGAUGCCCAAUCACCUCCUUGGCUACAAAAGAACAUUCCUGCAGCUCACCUUUGCCAACGUGUCCGAUUUGUUGGCCGUUCGACGAACAGUGAUGCCCAUUGCAGAGAAGAAUAGAGAGAAGGUCAACGCAAUGGACACAUAUGCCGAGGUGGCGAGUGCUACGGCUGGCUUUGACGUCUACGAUGAAGAGCAAGCCUACGACACUAGGCCGAACACGAUUGCCGAGGCCAGCGACCACGUUGUCGACAUCCGAGAGUAUGACGUUCCCUACCACGUUCGUGUCACAAUUGACAAGGACAUCCGCAUCGGAAAAUGGUACACGGUCGAAGGCAAGCACGGUACGGUCACCUUGACAUGUCUCGAGGAACGCUUGACGCGUGCGGAUCCUGUCGUGCUUGCCUUCGAUAUUGAAACGACAAAAUUACCUCUGAAAUUCCCAGACCAGCUCGUCGACCAGAUUAUGAUGGUCUCUUACAUGAUUGAUGGGCAAGGUUUUCUCAUUACAAACAGAGGGAUCGUAUCAGAAGAUAUUGCGGACUUCGACUAUACCCCGAAAGCUGAGUAUGAAGGGCCUUUUAUGAUUUUCAACGAGCCCGACGAACGCGCCGUCAUAGAGCGGUUUUUUUCGCACAUCAAGGAAGCCCGACCUACUGUCAUUGCAACGUACAACGGAGACUUUUUCGACUGGCCUUUUGUUGAAGCCAGAGCUAGCGUUAAUGGGAUCGACAUGUACGCCGAGAUCGGAUUCCGGAAAAACAGCGAGGACAUCUACCAAAGCGACUACUGUGUUCAUAUGGACUGCUUCGCUUGGGUCAACAGGGACAGCUACCUGCCUCAGGGGAGUCGAGGCCUAAAAGCCGUCACGGUCGCCAAGCUUGGAUAUGAUCCGGAUGAACUCGACCCCGAGCUAAUGACACGUUAUGCCAGUGAGCGUCCUCAGGUCUUGGCAGAGUAUUCCGUUUCCGACGCUGUGGCCACCUACUAUCUGUACAUGAAAUACGUACACCCUUUCAUUUUCUCGCUUUGCACAAUUCUACCGUUAAGCCCUGAUGACACCCUACGGAAGGGCACUGGGACGCUUUGCGAAAUGCUUUUGAUGGUGCAGGCGUACCAAAAGAGCAUCGUCUUGCCGAACAAGCACAAAGAACCCCGGGAAGCUUUCUGGGAGGGUCACCUCCUGGAGUCAGAGACAUACGUUGGGGGACACGUGGAGAGCAUUGAAGCUGGUGUCUUUCGAGCCGACAUACCGGUUAACUUUGCCAUCGACACUACCGCCAUCGAUGAGCUUAUUCGCGAUCUCGAUGCAGCCUUGCAGUUUUGCAUCACUGUUGAGGAGAAGAAAUCACUUGAAGACGUUACGAAUUAUGACGAAGUACGAGCGCAGAUUUUUGAGAAGUUAAAUAACCUGAAGCAUACACCCAACAGAAACGAACGACCCCUUAUCUACCACUUGGACGUGGCGUCGAUGUACCCUAAUAUCAUGACAACGAAUCGGCUUCAGCCUGACUCCAUGAUCUCAGAAUCUGACUGCGCGGCUUGCGACUUCAACCGCCCUGGGAAGACAUGCGAUCGACGCUUGCCCUGGGCAUGGAGAGGCGAAUUCUUGCCCAGCAAACGAGACGAAUACAACAUGAUUCGCAGGGCGGUGGCGAAUGAGACUUUCCCCGGCAGAGGUCCCAGAGCGCCGAGACGGACAUUCCAAGAAUUGUCUUUGGAUGAGCAAGCUGCCAUGGUACGGAAACGGUUGCAGGAGUACUCGAAAAAGAUAUACCACAAGAUCCACGAUUCGAAGACCAUUGAACGAGAAGCCAUCAUCUGCCAACGAGAAAACCCCUUCUAUGUCGACACCGUGCGGGACUUCCGCGAUCGCCGUUACGACUUCAAGGGCAAACAGAAAGUCUGGAAAGGCAAGACGGAGGCACUGAAGUCAUCGGGAGCGCCUUCGCAUGAGGUCGAGGAAGCCAAGAAAAUGAUCGUGCUUUUCGACUCCCUACAGCUGGCUCAUAAGGUUAUUCUCAACUCUUUCUACGGCUACGUCAUGCGAAAAGGAUCCAGGUGGUACUCCAUGGAGAUGGCAGGCGUUACGUGUCUCACAGGAGCGCACAUCAUUCAAAUGGCUCGAGAGCUCGUCGAGAGAAUUGGGCGACCAUUGGAGUUGGACACCGAUGGUAUCUGGUGCAUGCUUCCCGCGACUUUUCCGGAGAAUGUGGUGUUCACUUUAAAAAAUGGGAAAAAGAUGGCAAUCUCAUAUCCUUGCGUGAUGCUUAAUCACUUGGUGCAUGCACAAUAUACCAACCACCAAUAUCAGACACUUAUCGAUCCAACCACAUUCAGGUAUGAGACGCACAGCGACAACUCGAUUUUCUUCGAAGUCGACGGUCCUUACAAAGCCAUGAUUCUGCCAACAUCAAAGGAAGAGGACAAGAAUCUGAAGAAACGCUAUGCUGUCUUCAACCACGAUGGCAGCCUUGCAGAAUUGAAAGGGUUUGAGGUCAAGCGACGGGGUGAAUUGAAGCUUAUCAAGAUCUUCCAGACUCAGAUAUUCAAGUUCUUCCUGGAAGGGACCACCUUGGCAGAAACGUAUGCAGCGGUGGCUCGAGUCGCUAACCGUUGGCUUGAUGUUCUGCAUUCCCACGGAUCCACACUAGCGGACGAGGAAUUGAUCGACUUGAUCUGUGAGAACAAAAGCAUGGCCAAAACCCUGGAGGAGUAUGGGGCACAGAAGUCCACGUCCAUAACGACGGCGAAGCGCUUAGCCGAGUUUCUAGGAGACCAGAUGAUCAAGGACAAAGGUUUGAACUGCAAGUACAUCAUCUCGGCGAAGCCCCGAAACACUCCCGUCACGGAACGGGCCAUUCCCGUCGCAAUCUUCUCAGCCGACGAUGGUGUCAAACGGUUCUUUUUGCGGAAGUGGCUGAAGGACGACCCUGCGGACAUGGAUCCAAGGACCGUCAUUGACUGGGACUACUACCUCGAGCGUCUUGGUUCUGUCAUUCAGAAGCUCAUCACGAUCCCUGCUGCUCUGCAAAAGGUCAGAAACCCCGUUCCGCGUGUUUCCCACCCGGAUUGGCUCCAGAAACGAAUCAUGGCGAAGGACGACAAAUUCAAGCAGAAGAAGAUUAAUGAUCUCUUCGAAAAGCGCCCGCUUGCUGAGCGGUCAGUCAAUCUGCUGGACCACCGGCUUCCCGCGACAGGAGAUAUUGAAGACGCCCUGAGUUCUCAGCUAAAGUCGCCGGUACAUCCGCUCAAGCCUCCAAAGCGAAAAGCUGAGGAAUCGGCAAAUCAACCUCUCGUUGAUCCCCUUGCGUCCCUUGCAUUGACAUCUCCAGCAAUCGAUGAAGACUAUGGGGGCUGGCUCCAACACCAGAAGAAGAAGUGGAAGCUACAGAAGCAAGCAAGAGCCCGCCGGCGUCAAUUGUACGGGGAGAGGCCAAACGUGGCCGGCGACUCCAUCGGCAGCUUUUUCCGCAACCAGGCCGAGAUGAUGUAUACCAACACAUGGCAUGUUCUCCAGCUGCGUCAAGGCGAUGCACCAGGUGAAGUAACGGCUUUCGUCCUUAUUGGCAAAAGGAUCCAACCAUUAACCGUCAAGGUGCCCCGGACACUGUAUCUCAAUCUGAAGGGUGAAGAGCUCCCUAACGUGGAAAUACCAGGAUGUGAUGUUGAGAAGGUCAAUCACGCACUGCCUAAUGGCCAUCAGUCGGUGCACUUGUUUCAACUGACCAUGUCCGAAGACACCUAUUUGCGGGAAGCGGAGUUGAUUUCCUUGUUGUGCAACCACCCCAGUGUCGAAGGCGUCUAUGAGCGGCAGCUUCCGCUGUUCAUGCGAGCACUGCUGAAGUUGGGGAAUAUGUGCACCUUUGAUGACAGUCAGAAAGGUGUUCUCGGGACAGGUCUUGACCAAGGUUUUGACCUGUCGGCCCUCCUCAGAGGUGGUACACAGUCUACCUACCUGGAAGAUGUAGCCUCUCUAGGCUAUAUCUACCUGUACCACGUCGCAGUGGGGGACAGACAUGUUUUUGCACUAUUCUCGACAACCAAGCCAGAAGCUCACCUUAUUGUUCUGAACCGGGGGCGAGACGCUCAGCUUCCCAACGCCGACAAGAUUUAUGCUGAACACUACCGUCAGAAACUUCAAGACGACGGCUUGGUUGAAAGUGUCUUCGGGUAUCAGCCCAGCAUCAGCUUCAAGGUGUCCCAAGUGGCAACGAAAAGAAAAGCACAUCUUGAGCUGGCCGACAUUUUGAAGAAAUGGCGCUCGGACGCAACGAAGCCGACGAUCCUUCUGUUGCAGACCGCCUCGCACAACCAAUUGGUGCACGAUGUCCGCAUCAUGAGGGAUUUCCCGAUACUGUACUUGCCCACCGAACAAGCCGAUGUGGAUCUACCCACAUUGGGCUGGCAGGGCCAUGCCUUUAAACAGGUUAUGACCCAUUAUCUGAAUGUAUCUGGCUGGUUGACGCAUCUGAUCGAGCUUGCGCGAUACGGUGACGUGCCGUUGUGCAAUCUUGAGAAGGACGAUCCUCGUUUCCUCAUCGACUUGGCCUACGCUAGGCGGUUGCAGAGAAGCAACGUAGUGCUGUGGUGGUCUGAUCAGCCUCGUCCCGAUCACGCCGGCCACGAACGCGACGACAUCUUAGGCCCGCUGACCGAGGUGGUGGAGAUGCCCUCCAUCAACCAUCCUGGCGCCUAUACUUCCGUGUGUGUCGAUAUCUCGGUGCAGAACUUGGCUAUCAACACCAUCCUGACCUCGUCCAUCAUCAACGAGCUUGAGGGAUCAGCCGAGUCGAUUGCUUUUAACCCGGCAGCUGACGAAGAGAACCCGCUUGACUCGAACGUGGUCAAAUCUAAUGGUGGUUUUGCACAAGCUGCGUUGGAAGUUCUUCGCGAAAUGGUGAAGUCAUGGUGGGCAGAAGCUUGUCAUGGCAACAGACUUGCGGAUGUCAUGGUUCAACAUUUGGUCAGAUGGGUAGAGGCGCCAGCUUCAUCUCUUUACGACCGGCACCUGCACUAUUACAUUCAGAUGAUGUCCAAGAAGGCUAUGCAACAACUCAUUACCGACUUGCGACGUGUCGGUUCACAUGUGGUAUUUGCGAGUCCGACACGACUGCUUCUGCAGACAUCCAAGCAGGAGGUGGAAAAUGCUUACGCGUAUUCGCAGUACAUCCUGAAGUCCAUCCAACAGAAGCCUCUCUUCCACUUUCUGGGACUGGAGGUCAAGGACUACUGGGACAUUCUGCUCUGGUAUGACGCAUACAAUUACGGCGGUAAAGGCACCUCGACAGUCACAGAAGAAACGAACAGCUCCAGCCUGGAGACUGUGGUCCAUUGGCAGCUCUCACAAUUCCUGCCAGUGUCACUGCAGCCCAGUUUCGAGGACUGGGUGAUCAUCUUCAUUGAACUGAUGCAGAAAUUGAAGAGACCACCCCCUGAUGGUACUCCGUUCACACCUCGAGCCACACAAUUGCCCUCUGGCUUUAUCAGCUUGACCGAAGAUCCCACCAGCACGGAGGUAACGACAGUUCUGCAGGACGACUUUUCCAAGCCGCUGAAGAAGCAGAUCACCAACCUGAUCCGACGGCAACGCGAAGAAUUGCUUCAUCCAGAACUUGCCAGCGACUGGACAUUCCCUUCUCUCCCUGGCGGCACACUCGAAUCAAGCGACCCACGGCAUCCUCGUGAUCCUGUGCUGGAGCUGGUCAAGUCACUCAUGCAGAUCAUUUCCUUGUCGAAGCCUCUUCAACUCGAAGCUCGGUUGCUCCGUAAAGAGCUCCUUGCCCUCUUCGACGUCCGCGAAUUCAGUAAGGAAGCGCGCUUCGAGAAUCCCAGCGCGGCUCUCCGCUUCGAAGGCCUCGUCUGCGACACAUGCACUGCGACUAGAGAUCUGGAUCUGUGUCGUGACGAAGACGUCUUGCCCAGUGUCAACGAGAGUGGUGAAGAAGUGAGCAAUAAACCCUGGAGGUGCCACAGCUGUGGGACAGAAUUCAACAGGAUCGUUCUUGAGGAAGAACUCAUCGCAAGGAUCCAAGCCAUGCUGCUCCGGUGGCAGAUGCAGGACAUCAAAUGCAAGAAAUGUGGUGUACUGCAGAGUGACGAUUCGUCGUUCGCGGAUCAUUGUUCAUGUGGGGGACACUGGGUUGGCACGGUGGAGCUGGGAGAUGUCAAGGACAAACUGAGCGUGACAGCGCGAGUGGCACAGUCCUAUGGCCUGAAGAUGUUGACUGGUGUGAUUGAAGGCGUCAAAACGAUGUGCAUGAUUUCAUGA